UGCAGAAGGGGCGGAUCGCGCGCCUCCCCUUUAAGGAGGCUGUGGGAUGAAGUCACCGCCGCGCUGCCACCUUCGGGGAUCGGUGUGGCUCAUCUAUCUGAUCGGGAGCAGACGGCGGUGGCGAGCCGAGGAGGAGAGCGUUGCGGCUUAGCGACAGUUGCUUUCACGACCCCAUUUCCCAAGCCCCAGUGGCUCCGGAGAACUCCGCUCCCGUCCCGACGGCGUCGGCGGCAGCGCUUUUUGCCGUCUGGCGAGGACCUUCUUGUCAGUGCUGAGGCGCGGUGGUCUCGCUGUCCCCUGUUCCCGGCCGAGAUGCCUUCGGACCGGCCUUUCAAGCAGCGGCGGAGCUUUUUGGAUCGUUGCAAAGAGGUACAGCAGAUCCGAGAACAGCAUCCAAACAAAAUUCCAGUCAUUAUUGAGAGAUACAAAGGGGAGAAGCAGCUACCUGUUCUGGAUAAGACCAAAUUUCUAGUUCCUGAUCAUGUCAAUAUGAGUGAAUUGGUAAAAAUAAUCCGGCGCCGGCUACAGCUGAAUCCAACCCAGGCUUUCUUCCUAUUGGUGAACCAGCACAGCAUGGUGAGCGUGUCCACCCCAAUCUCUGAGAUCUAUGAGCAAGAGAAGGAUGAAGAUGGCUUCCUCUACAUGGUCUAUGCUUCACAGGAAACCUUUGGGUACUGAGUGUCUGUCACCACCAGAGGACUAAUUCCAAACUGUUGCGGCAGCAUCUCUGCCUCCCCAGUGCUCCCUACCUUGGCAAACCCUGUGCAGAGAAGCUUUUGGUCCAGGAACAGCCCAGAAGCAACUAUGUUCCUCCAAUUUCGUAGCGCAUCAGACCAAGAUAAUUCAGUGUGUAGGUGUGUGAGAGACCCAUAAAUCUCUAGGUUUGCAUUGCCUCUGUCCUUUAUGAUUGCUACUCAUUGUCUCCCAUCUUGUUCACGCGUGUGUGUUUGCAGAUGUAUGCAUUCUCUUUAAUAUUAUGUCUUCUUUCUUACUCCAAUGCCAAAUUGAUGGAGCCUAUGGCAGUCAGCUGAAUAAAAUACACAGUUUCCUCACUUACCAAGGCAAGGGAUGAGCUUGUCUGCUGUUAUAGGGCAGAAAAUCUUAAGACAAAAACAAACAAGCAAAAAUAAAUAUGACUUUUAUUAGGGUUUUAUUGGGGUUUUUGGUUGUGCAUAUCAAUUCUUGGUGCUACACAAUAGAUGUAGGCAUCUUUUCCAGUACUGUCCAUAAAAUAUAUCGUCUAGGCUUAUUAUUUUUUAAGCACGAGGGGGAAUAUAAUUUGCUUGUAUGAUGUAGCCUUUAAAAAAUCUUACGCUUCUUUGCACUUUAAAAUGUAAAAGUAAGGAUGAAAUUAGCUUAAUUUUCACAAAUUUGUCGUAUUCUGUGCUGUUUCUGUCAAUGUUUCUAUUUGCCUUUUACAAGUUUUUUUUAAAAGCCAGUCUCUUCCUUUUUUGCUCUUACGCACGCAUGGAUAUUUUUUUCUAUUUUUAAUCCCAUUGUUGCAAACAGGCCAUUUGGCUCAAGGAAUGUACUGAUUUAUAUUGCUACUUCACCUGGUUAUUUUAUAUAAAAAAAGAAACCUGAUACCAAAAAGUGUGUAUGACAGAAGAAAAAGUUCUGCCCAGUCAAAUCUAUAUAAUUAUCUAUAUAAAUAAAGAUAAAUUAAAAUUC